AUGUUCAAGAAAGAUGUUCCCCCCAGCGGCCGCUCAAAAGUCAAGUCCUCGGUGCAGCGCGGCCUGCGCCAAAGAUUUCUCGACACAUAUCCAGGCUUCGAGCCGUAUAUCGAUGAGAUCCUCCCCAAGAAAGCCCAGCUCGAUGCGGUGAAACUACCGGAUAGAGCGACAUUAUACACCAUCGAAUCGACCCCUCUGUUCUACCAGCCCAUGGAUGGGCCACCAAUCCCGCAUCUCAAACUGCUCCAUUCCUACCCUGAUGCCUUGCCGACGGUGCAGAUCGAUCGGGGCGCGAUCCGGUUCGUGCUUUCGGGCGCGACGCUCAUGGCGCCUGGGCUGACGUCGCCCGGUGGGCGGUUACCCGAUGCGGAGCAUGCGCUGGAGAAAGGGCAGGUGGUUGCGGUCAUGGCUGAAGGGAAGGAGCAUGCGUGUAUGGUCGGGCCGUUGAAGGUCGGGACGGAGGAGAUGAAGGAGAAGAAGAAGGGUGUGGUCAUGGACGAGGGACAUUAUCUGGGUGACGGCUUGUGGAAGAUGCAUUUGGAUUGA